UCUGUUUUCAAAGGCGCAAGUCUUCUUCUUCUUUCUUUUUUUUUGGUGCAAGUCUUCUUCUUUAUUUGUAAGCCUCCCUGACCAAUUAACCAUCAUUUCUUUAAUCUCUUCCUAUCUGCAUUCCGGACAAUUCAAACAUACACAUACACGUACAAAUAAUAGUAAUAGAAGACUGAAAAGACUCGAAGUUGACUAAAACGAUGUCGUCUGCCCUGAUUAGCAAAAUGCAAAAGGACCUCUCGUCAAAUGGGUAAAUCACAAACCCCUGUUUUGUUUUUAGCUUGAGUUCCAAUCUACCCAAGAAACAAAACUGCGGGUUUGGGUCAAUUUGUUUUCUUCCUUCCGAAAAAACGUUGGUGGGUUUUCUAGCUAGAAAUGACUAGUGUGUUGAGAAGUAAUUUUCCAGGGUCAUCCUCGAGAGCUGCAGAUUCCGAUGACGAUUACAGCUUCGAUUAUUCUUUCGCGAUGGAGUACAAAGGCCCUCCUAUCAGCCGCGAAAUUCCCAAACUGGCCCCAAUCGACAUUCGCCAAAUUCCAACAGCAUCCAUGGCCGAUAAUUCUGCAGUCCCCAACAAUUUUCCACUCCCAGUUAUUCAACCCAUAGUCAAAAGCGACCCUUCAAGCAAGAAAACCUCAGGGGAGCUGAACUCGGGCGGAGGGCAUUUCGGUAAAUUCGCGUACUUGGCCAGGGUCCAUCCCGGAACAUCAAGCUCCGACUCCCCUCACGAACCCAAUGCCCUGCUGUCGAGUAGUUUGGACUAUCGAGAAUCAGAAGAUGACUCGGAGGAAGACAGCGAUAUACUUGAGCUCGAGAACGGGUUCGAAAUCCGCCAGGUGGCGGCUAACGGCAGCGGCGUAAAAAAGGGGUCGUGCCACAAAUGCGGAAAGACGAGCCGUUUUUCGGUAAAGGAAGUUUGCAUUGUGUGUGGGGCAAAGUACUGUAGGAAGUGUGUUUUGAGGGCAAUGGGGUGCAUGCCUGAGGGGAGGAAGUGUAUCGCGUGCAUUGGCCAAUGGAUAGACGAGUCGAGGCGCAGGUCACUCGGGAAGUGCUCGAGGAUGCUAAGGAAACUGCUGGGCGAUGACGUGGCGAGGCGGGUUAUGAGUGAUGAGGUGGCGUGCGAGGCGAACCAGCUGCCACCUCAGCUGGUGUUUGUGAACCGCAAGCCUCUGUCGGUUAAGGAGCUGUUUGGGUUGCAAAGCUGUGGGAACCCUCCAAAGAAGCUUAGGCCUGGCAGAUAUUGGUAUGAUAAAGUUUCUGGGUUUUGGGGAAAGGAAGGAGAGAAACCGAGCCAGAUUAUAAGUCCCCAGCUGGCCCUUGGUUUCCAAAUUAGACGGGAUGCUAGCAAUGGGGACACUAAUGUGAUGGUAAAUAAUCGCGAGAUAACUAAACCUGAGCUCUGGAUGUUACAGGCUGCUGGAAUAAACUGUGAGGGAAGCCCUCACUUUUGGGUUACUGCCGAUGGUUCCUGUCAGCAUGAAGGCAUGAAAAAUGUGUUGGGAAAGUUAUGGGAGAGGAAAAGAGUGAAGAUACUAUGUGCUGCUCUCUCUUUGCCAUUUCCUUCUGAUACCUCAGAUCGUGAUAAUGGAGAUGUUGAUGAAGACACAGAGAAAGUUAUUAGGAAGAUUCCCGAUCACAAAACGAUGUAUAAACUCCUCCUAGUUGGUUGUGAUCAAUCUGGGACAAGUACAAUAUUCAAACAGGCCAAAAUUGCAUAUAAUGUCCCGUUCUCAGAUGAUCAGAAGCAAAGCAUCAAAUUCCUGAUCCAAAGAAAUAUCUAUCUAUAUCUUUGUAUUCUCCUCGAGGGGCAUGCACGUUUUGAAGAAGAAUAUACGAGUGAAAUGAGAAGAAAGCGUGCUGAAGAACCUGGUCCUUCAGAUUAUGCUGAACAAGUCGAGGAAAGUAAUAUUUAUUCAUUUGCUCCACGACUGAAAGCAUUCGCAGAGUGGCUACUCCAAGUCACAAUGUCGGGCAACUUGGAGAUCAUUUUCCCAGCUUCCACACGAGAAUAUUCCCCUCUAGUCGAGGAAUUAUGGAAAGACAAAGCUUUUCAAGCCACUUACAAAAGAAGGAACGAACUCCAUACUCUACCUAGAGUUGCUAAUUAUUUUUUGGAUCGAGCUGUUGAAAUUUCGCGAGUAGACUACGAGCCUUCUCAAAUGGAUAUCCUAUAUGCUGAGGGUAUAACUUCUUCUAAUGGGGUUGCUACCAUGGAAUUUUCUUUUCCUGAGUUGCCUCAAGAUGGGUACAUGGAGCCUUCCAACACAACUGCUCUUCCAACAAGCUAUCAACUCAUCAGAGUCCACUCCAACAGCCUGGGAGAAAACUGCAAGUGGCUGCCGAUGUUCGAACAAACCGACCUCGUCAUCUACUGCGUGUCCUUAACCGAGUACGACGAGUACCACGAAACCCUAAGUGGUGCCCGCACGAACAAGAUGCUCGCGGCCCGAAACCUCUUCCGGGCCAUGAUUACCCACCCCACCCUCGCCCACAAAGAGUUCCUCCUCGUCCUCAACAAAUUCGACCUCCUCGAAGAAAAAGUCGACAACGUCCAGCUGUCGACUUGCGAAUGGUUUCGGGAUUUCAAUCCGGUGAUCAGCCACAACCACGGGAGCGGCAGCAGCCCGUCCAUGGCUCAACGGGCUUUUCACUAUGUGGCUGUGAAGUUCAAGAGGCUGUUCAAAUCGUUGACGGGCCGGAAGCUGUUCGUGGCGCGGGCCACGGGCCUGGAAUCCAGUAGUGUGGAUGAGGCCCUUAAGUAUUGCAGGGAGAUUUUGAAGUGGAGUGAGGAGAAUUGUAGAGUUGGGUUUAUUGAGUGGUCUAGUGAAAGCAUAGAGCCUAGCACAUCUGUAUAGCAAAAUUUUAAUUUGACACAGUAGUUUACAUUUUUUUUUUCUUUUUUUUUUGGGAUCUGUAAGUUGAUCUGCCAAGGUAAAUUGUAGAUAUUCUGGAUCAGUUUCAAAUAAUAUGAGCAGGCACGGAAAGUUUUGUAACAUAAACAUUCAGUACAAUACAGAAAACUACGAGUACAUAUAUAGAGUACCAUUUACAUAUAUAUACAUGUGGUCUGGAUUUGAGCCUAACCUCAAGUACAAAUUCCCUUUGACAUUUAUUAUUCCUAUUUUACAAUCAGCUAGGGGCAAAGCGGUCCAUGAGCAGGAAAACUGUCAUCUCGGACAUGGUAUCCGGGCUUCGGGCCUUUGCAGAUGAGUGGAGAGUUGAUGGUGAUGAUGAAGAUGAAGUAGAAGAAGAUAUUUGGUUGUUGAUUUCUUUUGCGUCGUUAGGAUCAUCUUUAUUUUUCCUGCAUACCAACGUGAAUGGAUUUCUGGAUUUGAUCUUUGCUCUCAACUUCGUUAUUUCUAACAUGCACAUAUCAGCUACUUCUGCCAUUUUUUCUCUUUCCUUGUGUCUUGAUUCCUUUUCUCUUCUCUGUUUCUUGAUGAAAUAUGUUGACGUGAUUUGUGAAGGCAAAAUAAAGUGCUUGAAUGGUGUGUUUUUAUGGGCGGGCCAGAAAUUUUGGUGGUUAAUGAGGGAAAGAAAAAGGAAGGAAAAGAAGAAUAAACGAGUUGAAGGCCCACUGUUCUGUAAUGCUAUUGGCCAUGGAACACGGUUUUGUUCUCCAGGAUAUUAC